AUGUUAGCAGCCUCUUCAACACCUCUAGCAAUAGCACUUCUUAAUCCACGAUCUUCCAUGGUCAACAAGCCACCAAUUGUAGUACCACCAGGAGUACACACUUUGCUCUUUAACGCAGCUGGAUGUUCGCCGGUUUCCAAGACCAUACGGGCAGUUCCUUCCAUUACCUUGGCGGCAGCAACAGAUGCUACAUCGUAUGGCAUACCCAUUCUUACUGCACCAUCGAUCAUGGACUCCAUCAUCAAUAAACAAAAAGCUGGUCCGGACCCAAUCAAUGAAGUUGCAAUGUCCAUGUUCUUCUCUGGAAUCUUUACAGUCAUACCAACAGUAUCAAUCAAUUUCAUUACCAACUCUUGGCUUUCUUCACCAACUUCUGGAGCAAAUGCAAUUGCCGCAGUUCCACAACCAAAUCUAGCUGGAGUGUUGGUCAUGACUUUGGCAACAUAUGGAGUGAAAAUAGACAAUUCCUUUAUAGUGGUUCCUGCCAAUAAUGAAAUUAAUAAUUGUUUUCCAGUUAAUGAUUCCUUGACUUCUUCAUAA